GUCGGUGCCUUCCUAUAAAGGAGGAGUGAGCGUCUCAGGGUCUCUCACUCUCUCCUCUUCAGGAUGACUGACACUGCUGCUGCCGUUCAAUCAAUGAGCUGAGGGCAGCUCGCUGUGCACUGACGCCCUCGACUGCUCCGGCUACCUGCUCCAGUUCUGCAUUUUGGGCUGCGCUUCAAAUAGGACACGGAAAUACAAAGGUUGGACUAUGAGUUUGAUGUAAAAAUAACUAUAUACAGUGUAUAUAUUUAACUGAGCAGUUGAAUGCAAGGGUGCACAAACUUUUUCACUCGGAUUCGGAUAUUGAGUUUGAUUGAAACAUUUUCAGUUUUCUCCACAAUUUGGGACAAGAAUGUUGUUUGCGAGAGGGGUACUGCUGGUCACAGCACUGACCAGCGUCUGGGCCCAAGACUUUUACGAAGAGAGGAAAAUUAGCAAGAAAUACAGGACCAAACCCCUGGUGGCAAACAUUCAUGACGGACAAGCCAUCCUAGAUGAGGACUGUAGCUUGGAGCUCUCCUUCCUGCUGGACAGCUCGGAGAGCGCCAAGGACAAUCACGAGGAGGAGAAGCGGCUCACCGUGGACGUGGUGGACCGGCUCCAGGGGGUGCGUCUGCAGAGCGGCCGCAUGUUGAGCCUGAAGGCGGCCGUGCUGCAGUACAGCAGUCACGUCAUCACGGAGCAGACCUUCAGGGACUGGAGGGGCACAGAGGACUUUAAGGGCCGCAUUGCUCCCAUCGCCUACAUCGGGCACGGCACCUACACCACCUACGCCAUCACCAACAUGACCAAGCUCUACCUGGAGGAAUCCGGUCCCCGCAGCAUUAAAGUAGCCCUGCUGCUGACGGACGGAAUUUCCCACCCGAGGAACCCGGACAUUUUCUCGGCUGUUGCUGACGCCAAGAACCAGGGCGUCAAGUUCUUCACGCUGGGCAUCACUCGGGCAGCCAACGAGCCGGCCAACGUGGCCCAGCUUCGUCUAAUCGCCAGCUCGCCAGCGUCCCGCUUCCUCCAUAACUUACAGGACGAAGGCAUAGUUGAGAGAAUCGUCACUGAGAUUACGGCCUUGGCUAAUGAAGGAUGCCCUCUGGCUGAGAGAUGUGCCUGUGAGAAAGGGGAGAGGGGACCAAGCGGGCCUGCGGGGAAGAAAGGUCGCUCCGGAGAGGAUGGAGCUCCAGGGCUCAAAGGGCUAAAGGGUGAAGCAGGACUAAGUGGUCUACCCGGCCGGGAGGGUGCAGAGGGAAAACCAGGCUACAAAGGAGAGAUGGGCGAAAGGGGUGAGUGUGGCACCCCAGGGAUCAAAGGAGACAGGGGUCCUGAGGGUCCAGUUGGAACAAGAGGACUUAGAGGUCUCCAGGGGUUACCUGGACCACAAGGAGACAUUGGACCCGAGGGCCUUCAGGGAAAGCAGGGUGAACGUGGCCCAAUUGGCUCUGCAGGAAUUCAGGGUGAAACUGGUGUUGGACAUCCUGGACCAAAGGGGGACAUGGGAUUCCAGGGAAGACCAGGUCCCCCCGGCCCCCACGGGAUGGGUGAACCCGGCCUUCCUGGACCUCAAGGACCACAAGGUGUUCAAGGGGAAAAAGGACCCCAUGGUGAGGGGUUUCCUGGACAAAAGGGAGAACGAGGGCUAACAGGACCAAGGGGGCCGAGGGGACAGCAGGGUGCAGGAAUCAAAGGAGAAAAGGGUGACUUGGGACUUCCAGGUUUCCCAGGGCCAACUGGACUUCAGGGAGCAGGCAUACAGGGAGAGAAGGGAGUCGAGGGUCCAAGAGGUCCACCUGGAGUCAGAGGCCAUCCAGGAGAAGGUCUACCCGGAACAAAGGGAGACCAAGGCUUACCAGGAGAGCAGGGAGCCACAGGAGACAGAGGCAUUGGUGAGCCUGGUUCAAAGGGAGAGCCUGGAGCAUCUGGUUUGGGGGGCCUUCCCGGUCUCCCAGGAGAGGAUGGAGCUCCAGGACAGAAGGGGGAGGCAGGUUUACCCGGUUUAAGAGGUCUUGAGGGAGCACAAGGAAUUGGCACUCAAGGGGAAAAGGGGGACCAGGGUCCAAGAGGAAUCCGCGGGUUACACGGGCCUCCUGGGAUCUCGGGACCCUCUGGACCAAAGGGUGAACGUGGAAUAACCGGCCAGCAGGGCCCGCAGGGACAGCCAGGUCGUUCCAUAUCAGGUCCAAAGGGUGAUGUAGGCACAGGCGGCCCCCCUGGUCCUGUUGGAGAAACGGGCCAUGGAUUACCUGGUCCAAAGGGCGAUCGUGGCCUCCCGGGUUUAAGAGGUUCAGCCGGUCCAAAAGGCGAUGGCAUCCCCGGCCCCACGGGUCCUUUAGGCCUGCCAGGAUUACCAGGUGAGCCUGGUCCAGAAGGAGUCGGAAUUCCUGGUUCCAAGGGGGAUGUUGGCUUUAGGGGAUUGCCAGGUUUACCCGGCCCACCUGGAGAGGGCUUACAAGGACCCCCUGGUCCUGUUGGGAGGACGGGACCUAUUGGUCCAGCUGGACUUACAGGAGAAGGAAUUCAAGGCCCGAAGGGUGAGCCAGGAUCUCAAGGUUUGACUGGGCCUAGAGGGCCUCAAGGUAAUGGAUUUCCUGGAGCCAAGGGUGAUCGUGGAUCACAGGGUGAAAGGGGAAUGAAAGGUAUGAAAGGUGACAUGGGAGAUCAUGGAGUCCCCGGUGAAGCAGGAACGCCAGGAACAAAAGGAGACCAAGGCCUCACAAGGGAGGACAUUAUUAGGCUGAUCAAAGAAAUCUGUGGAUGUGGCAUUAAGUGCAAAGAGCGGCCGAUGGAGCUCGUGUUCGUCAUUGACAGCUCGGAGAGUGUCGGCCCCGAGAACUUUGAAAUCAUCAAGGACUUUGUCACUAGGCUGGUCGACCGGACCACGGUUGGACGCAACGCCACCAGGAUUGGACUGGUCCUCUACAGUCUGGAGGUCCACUUGAAGUUCAACUUGGCUCGCUACGCGAGCAAACAAGACGUUAAGCAGGCCAUCAGAAAAAUGCCGUACAUGGGCGAGGGCACAUACACCGGCACCGCCAUCAGAAAGGCCACUCAGGAGGCUUUCUUCAGCGCUCGGCCCGGAGUCAGGAAAGUAGCCAUCGUCAUCACCGACGGUCAGACUGACAAAAGAGAGCCCGUCAAGCUCGACUUGGCUGUGAGGGAAGCUCACGCCGCAAACAUCGAGAUGUACGCGCUGGGGAUCGUCAAUUCUUCUGACCCGACGCAGACCGAGUUCCUGCGUGAACUCAACCUCAUUGCCUCUGACCCCGACAGCGAACACAUGUACCUCAUUGAUGACUUCAACACUCUACCAGCACUGGAGUCUCAACUCGUCAACCAGUUUUGUGAAGAUGAAAAUGGCGCCCUCAUUUACAAUCGCAUUACAAAUCUACACUGGAACGGCAACAAUGGCCAUGGUGUUAAUGGAAACAAUGGAAAUCGAGAGAAUACCAACGGAUUUGGUGGCUAUGGCAAUAAUGGAUAUGGGAACACCAACAAUGGUCAAAAUUACCAAGAUGAAAUUGAAAAUCAGAGACGUAGCAACAGCCGAGGGCGUGGAGACACUUUCACGCUGCCCAUCAGCGCCGAUCGUCUUCCUAUUCAGGUGGUGGAAGAUGAUGAAGGUGAAGAUUUAGACUUAAGUGCCCAUGCUUCGCUGGUUGGUAAUACUGUGGCCAGUGUACCUGUAAAUAAUAAAACUACAUCUUUAUCGCCCGUGAGAGAAAGGACCGUCUCCAAUAAGACAGUCUUAUCUACCUCUGCUUCCUUAUCCUCAUCCGAGACAUCUGUGUCAACACUGGGCUCGGUUUCAUCUUUUAACUCCAAUUGGUUGAAGCCAGCAGAGAGUCCAGACCUGUCUGAAGAACCCCAUGUCCCGAAUCCUCGCUGUAAGCUUAACUUGGACCAAGGCACCUGCCGAGACUAUAGCAUCCACUGGUACUAUGACAAGCAGGCCAAUGCCUGCGCACAGUUUUGGUAUGGAGGCUGUGAAGGAAAUGAGAACCGUUAUGAAACACAGGAUGAAUGCAAGAAGACUUGUGUUCUAUCCAGAACAGGAGGAUAAAAGGUGAUGAGGCCAUCAGAAUGUGGGCUUUGCUACUCUACAAUCUGCCGUUUGUUCAUUUGUAAUCCGUAUGUCUGUUGGUUUCAGAAAAUAAUUUCUUGCACUUUUUGAAAACUUUUGUCUUCUGUCAAAAAGAAAUUAAGAAAUAUAUAAAAUCCUGAAAAUCAACCCAAUUAAAGAGAUUAACUUCAAGUUAACAGUCUAUUACCUCAGUGAAGCCAGAAUGAAAACUUUAUUCUGGGUUUACCUAUCCUGGCAUUCAAAUAAAAAUGAACCUGUACAUAAUUAUUUUACGUGUAUGGGGCACAUGCUUUACAUAUCUUAUGUUUAAAUAAUUUGCUAAUAUGUUUAGAAUUUCUGUGUGCAUUGUGCUUGUUGUCAUUAUAAUUGUAUUUGUAUUGGCUGUAACUGGCAGCUGUAUGGAAGUAAAUCUGUGCCAUCGGGGUUGAAAUAAAAAGGUGAUUGAAUUUCUAGCACUGAAUAUUUAUGCAUUGAAAUGAUGUACCUGAAAGUUUUUCAACAUUAAAAC